UCUUCAGAGACUCACAGUGUCACUGACACAACAGCCGCAUCUGGAGUGAAUCCUUCGCCGUGUGUGUUUGUGAGAGGUCCAGGUGACGUCCAUCCACAGGCACUGAUGAUGAUGAUGAUGAUGAUGAAGGGGACCGCCGCUGUCUUCCUGCUGCUCUCGGUGGCACCUGUCACAGAUGCGUCUGUCAUGUCACCGUACGAUCCCUCGUUCUGCUACAUCCUGGACGGGUUUCUGCUUCUGUACGGCAUCAUCAUCACCGCCUUCUUUGUGCGCGAGCGGUUCAUCGUGAAGAGAAACAAAGCUGAUAAAAAUUCCCUGUAUGAGCCGAUUAAUAAGAGCAACCGCUCCGAAUAUGACAUGAUGAGAGAUCCUGAAGGAGGUGCAGCUGGUCGCCGGCGAGGAGACGACACAUAUACACCUCUAAAGAGACAGACGGACGACACGUACCGCAAGAUUGAACCCAAACCAGACCGUCGCCGCGGUGACCAGGUGUAUCAGGGUUUGAGUUCAAUGACUAAAGACACGUAUGAUUCUCUGCACAUGCAGCAGCUUCACCCGCCACGCUAACAAACUAGCAUCACCCUCAAUCAUCUAUACAGUCCACUUCAUCUUCAUCUUCAUCUAUCUGAUGUUUAUUUGAUAUCUUCAGAUGUUUGUGAUUACAGUAACGGUGUAUUUACUGUUAGAAGAUAUUCAUGUAUUCAUCAGAACAAGAGUUUGAAUAUUGUGUGACAUCAACACUUCAGUGAAUCUCAUGAACACAUGAUCAGCAGCAACACUUCAGCACAUUCCCUCACUCAUUCAUCACUGCAUCAUCAUUCAUCACUGCGUCAUCAUUCAUCACUGCGUCAUCAUUCCCUCACUCAUUCAUCACUGCGUCAUCAUUCC